AAGUUCGUUUUCGUGCUUCUGCUGCGGCUCUGCCAUCGGUGUUUAUGAAAGCCAAAGCGAUACCAAGCAAAAUAUUCCGCAAAAUUAUCGGCGAAACGUUUGAAGUAGUGCGUAAUUAUUGCAAAUAGCCUUAGGAAAGUUGUGUUAACGGAUCCAAGAUGAAAUUAGUGCGAUUUUUGAUGAAACUCAGCCACGAAACGGUUACAAUUGAGCUGAAAAAUGGAACCCAAGUGCACGGAACUAUUACGGGGGUGGACGUUGCCAUGAAUACUCACCUGAAGGCAGUCAAAAUGACGAUCAAAAACCGAGACCCGGUGCAGUUGGAUUCGCUCAGUAUUCGCGGCAAUAACAUUCGCUAUUACAUCCUGCCGGACAGUUUGCCACUCGAAACGCUUCUCAUUGACGAUGCCCCCAAGACGAGAGCCAAGAAACGGGAAGCCAAUCGCGGUGGACAGCGAGGACGGGGCAGAGGAACGCGAGGUGGCCGCGGUGGUCCCCGAGGAGGACGUGGUGGACCAAGGGGUCGUGGCAGGCGCUAAACAGUACUUUUAGGCUUGUAAGGAAUGCUUAAGCUUUCAUUAAACAACUGCUUUUGUGUAGUUGUAUCCAACUUUCUCCCCGUAUUAGAAUAAGAAGCCGUAAACCAGAAGAACAUUUUCGUUUUACAUCUCUUGAAUUCAAUCAUCGUAUAAUAAAGUGAAUUUAAACAAACAAA